AUGGCGAGCUCAUUCCAACUAUGCCCUGAUCCGCCUUCCUCCGCUUUCGUUGACACUGAAGCCAAGAGACUACUCCUUGCUAUGGGGCCUUGUGGAGUGAGAGGUUGCCAGUGCAUCUCCGGAGAGAGCACAUCCAAUCUGGAUUACCUGCCCAGCAAAGCACGGUGUAGCAUAUGUUCACAUCCCCUAAGCCAGCACGACAGCUAUGCUGUUCCGACGUGGACUGCUAAGCGAUCUCGCGUCGUCAAUGACCUGAUCGCUCGCCUGGACCGCUACUGCCUGAUGCGAGUGAACGGGACCCCAGCCUCCGGGAAGACCACGAUGAUGAAUCUUGUCGCCAACGAGUUGCUCGUGCGUCCCCCGACCACGCCGAUCUAUAUCCUCGACGGCUGGGAAGAGGCCCGGGUUGAGAAAGCCGGCGGCUGGACCCUUUAUCUGAAAGCACCGGUUGGGGUCCCCGGACGUUCGCUCCGAAAUCAUUCGUGUUACAUCCUGGUGGACGAGGCACACGAAUCAUACUGGGACAAGCAGCUAUGGAGUGCUCUCUUCAAAUCCUGCGGGCCCGGCGACGCGGCGAAGAUCGUCCUGUUCACCUGCUACGGCACGGCCGAGGACGACGACCAUCGGCCGGAGCAGUAUUUCAAGACCCCGAUGACCUUCCUUCCGCACCAGCAGAUAUCACUUCGGCCGGAAGCGCUGGACCCAGAGUGGAAGCCGAUUGGCUUGCUGCUCGAGGAGAGCGAAGCCAACGAUAUUCUUCCGCAGGUUCUGCCCACUGUGAUUCCAAAUGGUGAGAAGCUUUUGACGGAGGAAUUGAGACACGGACUGUUCCUGGCCAGUGGCGGGCAUGCUGGGUUAUUCACAUCCCUGAUACAUGUCCUGCGAGCGAUGCCGCUCCAAAAACCGAUCCAGGGCCGUCGCCCCCUCGACUGGAAAACCGCAUGCGACGGGCUUUUCAGUGAUGGUCCGCUGUUCUUCGAGCAUAUCCGGACCACCAUCUGCUCUCGAGGCUUACCAAAACAGAAGGUGAUGCAAAACUCCGCUUAUGCGACGGUUUUCAAGCAUGCGAUUGCGUGCCACGGAACUCGCCGUUCGAGCUUUCCCAACAACUCGGAUGAAGAGAGGGCGCUCGAAGAUAUCUGGAGAAACGGGUGGCUCCAUGGAGAGCAUAUGGAGGGAGGAGGUACAUACUACAUGUUUCCCACCCAAGUGCAUCGUUGGUACUGCCAGUUCCUCUUCAAGCCAAGCAAUCCCCGAAAAGAACUCGUCUAUCAGUCCCCCCUCGAGAUGGCGGUCGACGCGAUACGCAGAUUCCACCCCGACCAGCUCUCGAACACCCCUGCGAUGCCGAUUGAAGACCAGUGUCAGAAGGACCAACUUACCGUUUCCCCGGAGUAUCUGAUCAAGACGGGGCUCCGGAGCGGGCGGAUUGAUUUUCUGGUGCCCCAGAAGCAGUGGGGAGUCGAACUGCUUCGAAGCGGCGACCGGAUCCGGCAGCAUAUGCAACGGUUCAAGAAAAAUGGCCCGUAUUUCCCCAUGCUGAGGAAGGAGCUGAUCCAGGAAUAUAUCGUUCUGCCCGCGAACGCUUUCUUUUGUGGCUAGUUAGCUAACUAGCUAUCUAUCUAUAGCACUGGUGUGCCGCCUGGUUUGCAGAUAUCAUCUUUCUCUGGCAAAGAAGUGACGCUGCCAUAGCGGGG